CUAUCUGUAUCCACCUUUCUAUGGUUUAACAAAAUUAUAUACUCGAAAACAUUAUAGUUACAGCUGAAGAUAUCAUUUCUAUUUCUCUUAAAAGUUAAAUUGUAUUAUAUUGAAAUUAAAAUUGAAGCGAAUAGGCGAAGGCUAACAAGUAGAAUUAUUCAAAAAUAGUGACAGGUGGUUUGACGUUUAUUCGCCGCCAUCGUUAUUAGCGACAGCGAUCUGCCAUAUUGCGCGUGAUAUAAAGAAUUGUAAUACAUUUACGGUAUUACGGUUGUUAUCUGUACAUCUAGUACGAGAAUUUAUUGUUUAUGUAGUAAUAACAUUUCAACAAAAUCGUUGUAAGUCGGUUUGUGGGAAAACAUUCCACUGUAGUGAACUGCAAAACGAUAAAAAAUGUCAACUGGACCAUAUAAUUACUCCUAUAUCUUCAAAUACAUUAUUAUAGGAGAUAUGGGAGUAGGAAAAUCAUGUUUACUACAUCAGUUUACAGAAAAAAAAUUUAUGGCAGAUUGCCCGCAUACUAUUGGAGUUGAAUUUGGGACAAGAAUUAUUGAAGUUGCAGGACAAAAAAUAAAAUUACAAAUAUGGGACACUGCUGGCCAAGAACGUUUUAGGGCAGUUACUAGGUCUUAUUACCGAGGUGCAGCUGGAGCAUUAAUGGUCUAUGAUAUAACUCGUCGUUCAACUUAUAAUCAUCUUAGCAGCUGGCUUACAGAUACAAGGAAUUUAACAAAUCCAAGCACUGUUAUAUUUUUAAUUGGAAAUAAAAGUGACUUGGAAGGUCAACGAGAUGUUACUUAUGAAGAAGCAAAACAAUUUGCUGAUGAAAAUGGUCUUAUGUUUGUAGAAGCUAGUGCAAAAACAGGACACAAUGUUGAAGAGGCCUUUUUGGAAACAGCAAAAAAAAUAUUCCAGAGUAUACAAGAUGGCCGUUUGGAUCUAAAUGCUGCCGAAUCUGGAGUUCAACAUAAUCCAAGUCAACCAGGUCGUACUAAUCUUCAAGGUGUAUCUAAUGAACAACAAGGUGGAAAGGAUUCUUGCUCCUGUUAGGUCUUUGUUUGUAUAUAGACAUAUGAAUUCAUCGGUACUAUUGAUGCAUAUAUGAUUUAUACUAAGUAUAGUAAGCAAAUAGUCUCCUGUCUUUAUCCCUUUACCUUUUAUAUGUUAAAUCUAUUCAAUGAAAAAUAUCAGUUUUUUUCUAGUUAGAUUUAAUUUCCACAAAUAAAGUAAAGAUCCAUGAUUCAGUCUACAUAUGCAUAUAAAUUGUACUGAUAACAAUGAUUCUGUAUUAACAUUGAAACUGAUAUUUCAAUGUUAAAGCUUUUCUAUGAUUAUUGUAAUUUGCAUAUAUGCAAAUAUUAUUGCAUAGAUCGUAUACUUUAUUGCGUAAAAGAUUUAUUAUUAGACAAUAUGUUGUACUCACAAAUCUUAUAGUACAUUGUGUAUAAGGUGCAUUAUACGAAACAUUUACUUUAAUCACAAGAAAAUAUGAUAAAUAUGAAUGUGACACAGCCAAAUAUUUACCAUUGUAAAUUAAAUUUGCGUAACAAGAUUAAGCACGUUUAAUCGUGUUUGUUAUCUAAUUUACAGUUUGAAAGCUAUUGUACUAUAAGCUUAAGUGCAAAAGAUUGUUGGUAACUAAAACUAAACUUCUCUACAGCAUCAAAAGAGUUGUCAUAAAAUGGCAUAAUGAAAUAGAAUUAAUGUCAACUCUAUGUUCCAUAUGACUACAACCCCAUUUUCAUAUCAUGCAAAGCUAAUGUAAAGCUAUAUGUAACUUUUAUUUUUUGCUUGGAAAA